AUGAGGAAAGAGUGGGAAAAUCGCUUUCAGAAAUGUAGAAGCCAGAGAGCUGGUCAUGCAAAGACCCAGGAAGGGACCACUGUUGAGGGAGAGCAAAAUGUCAAAGAGCUACCCAAGAUCCCCAGUGCCAGCUAUCCCUUGAUAGCUCAAGAUUUCCCAUACCACAAAGAGGACCUCUGUACUGCAAUGCCUUUGGGGAUAUGGACGGCAUUCUACAAAUCAGACCCACGCAUCGCCCUUGGAAAAUACUCCCCAAUGGAACAAGAGAUCCUACAUCUCGGUGGUGUUCACACCAUAGCAGCGAGAAGAUUUUUGGCUGACAAACACCAAAAGGAAUGGCGGAUGCUGAGGGAACUACAGGCCCUGUCUCCAGACUACAAAAGGGCCACACAAUGUAGAAGGCAGCCCUCUUCUCCCUGUGCUGUGUGUGGACCACCGGAAAAAAUAUGGACAGCGAAGGUGUCUGUGCCCAUAGAGGAGUUUAAAACACCCCGCCGAGAGGUGAUUGACAUUAAGAAACACGUAAAAAGGAUGCAGCUGGCGCGAGCGCUGAGAGAUAAGCAGUUUUCUCCAUACCUCGAAAGGUUCAGGAGUGCCACGUUGCUGUCCGGAGCAGAGCCGGCUUCCACAGGGACAGACAGGUCCAGCGAAGAGGGAGACAACAAUGACAAAGCCAGUCAGAGAGAGAAAGGGGAGGCCGAGUUCAAACCGACAGAAACACGAGAAAUUAUAAUGAACGUGGUUUUCAAGUCGGAAGAACCUAAGAAGUGUUUGGUCUGCCAUCGAAAUGACCGGAAAACCUUCCUCCCAGCGAAGAGACAGGAGCGACGCAUCACAGGCCUGACAAACAGGAACCUCUUCCCUAUCGCUGGUUUCCCUGGAGACCUGAUGCUCAUGCACCAGGAUUUUAUAUCAAGGGGAAUCCACCCCAAUGACGCCAUUAAGAUCUACUGGCUGCCAGAAGAGGAGACCUGCAAAGCACACAAGAAUGGGGCUGCUUGCUGCCCGUAUUGA